CUACUGCAAAAAAUGAAAAAAAAGAAGAAAAAAAAGAAAAUGAAAAAAAAGAAAAAGAUCAGAAAAAAAAUGGAAAAGAAAAAAAUUUCAAGGAAAAUCACAUUGAGGUAUCGGAAGGCCCAUGGACAACAGUAACCUUCCCCAAAAAUAGCAAAAAACAAUUUUCAACAACUACUACAAAAAACCCAAUUUUACCACCCAAAACCCAUAACAAUUUUUCCAAACUAGAAAACUACCAAGAAACAUCCCUCCCAAAUACACCCACGACAGCCAACGAAACUAAUCAAAUUACAACCCAACUACAAAACAAUAACAAUACCAUUGUCACUCCUCAAACUAUACAUGCACAGUUGACUAACGCGGAAAUAGCAAAUCCACAAUCUACUUCCCCAGCAAAACUAAACCAAAUACACCUACCAACUACAAAUACAAUAUCUACCAAAUCAACAAGUACUACCCUUACUAACCCUAAAACCCCUACUGCAACUACUUCAUCCCUCCUCAACCAUAACCUAACUAAAUCCACCACAUCAACUACACCUCAACCAAACCUCUCGUCCAUUCACAACAGGAAAACCCCAAACCCCUAGCAACCAAUGCCAACCUGAUAAUUUCCAAAUCGUUACAAACCAACGACAUCUCCAGUAACGAUACAAACAAAAGAAAAAUUCAUUCAUCAAGUAAAACCAACCAUUCAUCAAGUAUACCUGCCAAAUCAAACCACACGAACGAAAAGGACAUCCCCCAAAGAGGGAAAGUACAAGCACUCAUAAGUGCUUUAACAGCCAAAUCUUCUGAAAUACUUACCCAAAAUCCCAUAUAUUCCUCUAACAGUAGCCCUACACCUGUGACCUCCCAUUCCUUCAAUGCCAUUCCUACCACAAAAUCUGCAGAACUCUGACGUAAACUACUACCCAAACAUAAACGCAAAUCUCAGCAUUUAAAGCACCAGCCCCUUCAGCCAUCUAUAAAACCACCCUCAUCUCUUCACGCUCCUUCACCAUCUCCAGUUUUCACCAAAACAAUACCACAACCAACCUCCAAAAAUGCCUCGCUCAAAACACUCCUCCACCAGCCAUCCUCCACGUCUGAGGAACCAAAACAGACGUCCAACUCAGUCCUCAAUAUCAACAAACCAAACAACUGCACCUCCAUGCACACUCACGCAACCUCCACCUCCGCCAUGCAUGUUCCAACUAGCACCAAUGACUCUAGGCUCAAGCACUGUCACUCCAUUCCAGAACCAAUUCCACCACUUCAACUUCAACCCUAUCCAGGGAACUCUCCCUCUACCACUAGACCCUUUCCAAAUCCAGUCGCCCAUCCCAAGCUGGAACAACAACAUGAUGAACUUCCACCCAAACAUGCCACUAGAAACUCUCCCAAUACAAAUGACCACCCCAGAAAUGAUCCAAGCAUACCAAACGCUUCUCUACAACCAAACUGUCCAGCAAGAAGACCUACUAUCAUUGGGAAACAUGUUGAUGAACCCCUCCAACAACAUGCAAUACCAGAACUCCAACUCGCCAUCAUACCAACUAAGCAACUUUGCGAAUUUAUCGCUAAAUCAAGUACUUCAAACACUGCACACACCAGUCACACAAGCUCAACUGCAGCGAUUCUCCAUGGAACAGAUAGUACCAGUGAUGGAAACACCAAGUCCAUCAUUCCAUUCAACUACUCAAAAUUCCCCUCCACCACAGGUCCCGGAACAGGAGGGAAGCAAUCCAAACACUCAAGGCCCUGUGAUGGAUCCCAUCAUCCUGACGGAGGAGUGUCUGACUCUGACGUUCCUAGAAAAUGCAGAAGAAAAAAUCUCGCUUCAAACUCCGCCAAACAUUCGGAAAGUGUCGCUGAACAUAAGGUCGUGUGCAUGGUCGCCCAUGCAGCAAUAUGUCCUCAACCUAUGCCCAGCAGUUGCAACAAACCUAGAUCUCACUCGGGGCCAGGGAAUGAAUUAUCACACCAACCCUCAUAUGAAAAUACUGCUAUGGAAUUGUAGGGGAGCUAAUAAUCCCAUUUUCAGGCGUAAUUUGGACGCCAUUCUCCAUGCAAACACACCAUCUGUUCUAGCUCUCACAGAAAAUCGAAUGGCAGACCAUGAUAUUUUGCUACAACAGUUGCCUUUUACUGAUUUACUGCAGGUACCAGCUUCUGGGUUCUCCGGAGAAAUCGCAUUGCUUUGGAAUAAUCAUGAGGUCACCAUAGAACCAAUGGUACUCACUGAGCAAGAAAUUCAUGCGACUGUGAAAUUCACAUGGAAUUAAUGGUAUUACACAAUGGUCUAAAGCUGGCAAUGAACCAUACUUUAACUCCAUUUAUUGUGGAGACAGACUCUCAGGUAUUACUUCAAAUGUUGUCAUCAAAUAACCUACUUUUCUCACACAUAUUAACGGAUUGCAAGCAUCUACUGGAGGAGCUGGGCAGGCCACAGGUGGGCCAUAUUUUUAGAGAAAGAAAAGCUGCUACAAACAAGCUGGCCUGCUAUGGGAAAGGCGGUCAGCCAGAAAUCCGAAGAAAUAUAAUGAUCUUUGUAUCCCCUCCCACUUUUAUCUUAGAUGUACUAAAAGAAGACAUAUUAGGAACGGGUUCUAAAUGCCCAGUUCCUAAUGUGUAAUAAGUUUUUGUUUUGAAUAAAAGUUUCUUUCCUUAGCAAAAAAAAAA